AUGGAGAAAAAUUUCCCCUGGAAACGAGAGUUUGAGGACGAGCUUCUUUCAGAGAUCAACAAAAUCACACCAGUUGGUGGAAUCAAUUACUUCAAUAUUUUGCUUCUUGGACCAGCUGCCGCUGGAAAAUCGUCAUUCUUCAAUACAUGUAGUACUGCCUUAAUGGAUGAAAACAGAUUGAUGGGAAACAAUCAAGUUUACCAGGGUGCUUCCAAGACUGUAUCAACAUCUGUUGAAGCAAUUCCGAUGAGAACAAAGGAUGGACAGGUCCUACCAGUACGGUUAUUUGAUUGCAGAGGACUUAAUAUGGUUCAUGGAGUACCCACUGAGGAUAUAAGAAUGAUUAUCCAAGGUCAUGUGAAAAGUGGAUACAAUUUGACAGAUGAAGAGACUGAGAGACAAUUAAAACACGUCCGAGAAACACUAGCCAUUCAACAUUUGCCGCAACUGGUUCUUUUCACCAAUAUUGACAAGAUCAGAAUUUCAAAUACGAAUAAGUUAAGGGACAUCUUCAGAAGUCAGGGAGUAAAAGAUACAUGCAACAAAGCUGCCGAAUACAUGCAAAUUCCAUUAAUGAACGUUUUACCGAUGUCAAAUUACCAUGAGGAAAAUCUGCCUACCUUGGAGAAAGACAUUCUAGCGCUCUUCUAUCUACUGACCAUGAUGCAAAGAGUACGUGAUUACAUAAAACGCAUAACCCAAGAUGACGUCCCAGAUGAUUUUUACGAUUAG